AUGCCAGCUGCAAAGGAUAUGGAUGACGGGGCUACGGUAGGCAGCACGGCAAAUAUGGCAGCACUAUUGAAGAACAUGAAAGCGGAUGUCAACGACCUUUGCAUGGAACUAGAGACUGCGGCGGAAAAACUGGCUCAAGCUAAGGAUGCGGAGGCUGCCAAGGAUGCUCGUAUCCUUGAAUUGGAGGCCAAAAUGGCGGCACAAGCAUCAGUCACAGGAAAGCACCGUUUGUCAAGCCCCUCCUCCAGCAAGGCAACAUCAUCGGCUGACAGUGGGGGUGGCCCCCCCGGCGGUGGUCCCUAA